GGGCGCCGAGCGGCCGCCGGGCACUCGGGCGCACCCGGGGACCUCCUGCCCCUUGCACCCAGCUGCGGCGCCCACCAUGAAGCUCUUGCUGCCCCUACUGUGCUUGGCCACCGUGGCCGUGGCACCCGUCACCCCGAGGCUGCAGCUGGUGCCAUCUCCUGCCAACCGCCUGAGCGCAGGGGAGGACGCGGGUGGGAUGAGCUCCCCCGUGCCCAGGAGCCAUGCCCACCCCAAGGCGGUGCCCAGCUGGGCUGCAGAGCAGAAUGUCAUAGAGAUCUCCAGGCUGGGCAUGGAGGGGGUCACGAGGACAACGAGCCCAUCUCUACCUGGCACCGAUGCCCUUCUGGAAGGAGCACCCAGCCUGGCUGCAGAGCAGAACAUCAUAGAGAGCUCCAGGCUGGGCACGGAGAGGGGCAUGGGGACAACGAGCCCAUCUCUGCCCGGCACUGAUGCCCCUCUGGAAGUGGCGCCCAGCCUGGCUGCAGAGCAGAACUUCACGGAGAGCCCCGGGCUGGACGCUGAGGUGGCCAUGGGGACAACGAGCCCAUCUCUGCCUGGCACCGAUGCCCCUCUGGAAGCGGCGCCCAGGCUGGCUGCAGAGCAGAACUUCACGGAGAGCCCCGGGCUGGACGCUGAGGUGGCCAUGGGGACAACGAGCCCAUCUCUGCCUGGCACCGAUGCCCCUCUGGAAGCGGCGCCCAGGCUGGCUGCAGAGCAGAACUUCACGGAGAGCCCCGGGCUGGACGCUGAGGUGGCCAUGGGGACAGGCAGCAGCAGCCCCGUCCCCGCAGAGCCCCAGGGGCUCCCUGAGCACACAGCAGCCAACGGCACCACGGCGGCACCCGUGCCCAGCACCACCGAGGGGCCCGGCAGUGCCCUCAGCACCACCGCCCCGCCGUGCCCGGAGGACGAGGAGCCCCCCGAGAGCUGCGAGGCACCCACAGAAGCGCAGAAGGCCGCGGUGGCCGAGGCGCUGGGCACCUUCGCCCUGCGCUUCUACCAGCGCCUGGCGGACGCUGCUGAGCCCGGCUCCAACCUGCUCUUCUCGCCCAUCAACGUGGCCUUGGCGCUGUCGCACCUCCUGCUGGGCGCCCGCGGCGAGACGCGGCACCGCCUGGGCGCCGUGCUGGCCUACCCGCCCGGGCUGCCCUGCACGCAGCGCUCGCUGCGCCUGCUGGCCAAGGCGCCGGGGCUCCUCUCCGCCUCGCAGAUCUUCCACCACGAAGAGCUGCGCCUGCAGCCCCGCUUCCUCAACGCCUCGCGGCGCCUGUUCGGGGCACCGCCACGGGCGCUGAGCGGCAACGAGAGCCUGGACCUGGCGCGCAUCAACGCGUGGGUGCGGGAGGCGACGCGCGGGCACCUGCCGCGGCUGCUCGAGGAGCUGCCGCCCGACGCCCGCCUGGUGCUGCUCAGCGCCGUCUACUUCCAGGCCAAGUGGCGGAAGCCAUUCCGGGCCAAGGAGACGGAGCCGCGGCCCUUCCAGCGGCCCGGGCGGCCCCCGGUGCCCGUGCCCACCAUGAGCAGCAAGAAGUACCCGGUGGCCUCCUUCAGCGAGCCCGGCCUGCGCGCCCAGGUGGGGCGGCUGCAGCUGAGCCAGGGCCUGAGCCUGGUGCUGCUGCUGCCCACGGGCGCCCUGGGGACGCUGGGGGAGCUGGAGCGAGCGCUCAGCCCCGCCGCCUUCCUCGCCCUCGUGCGCAAGGCGGUCGCCACGUCGCCGCGCGCCACCGUGCUGGCCCUGCCGCGCUUCCGCCUCGACCUCGCGCAGGAUGUUGUGCCCAUCAUCCACGACAUGGACUACGGGCUGUUCCUGGACGCGGAGCUGUGCGGGCUGGCGCCCGAGGCGGCCGUGGACGCGCUGCGGCACCGCGCGGUGCUGGCGCUCGACGAGGCCGGCGUGGAGGCGGCGGCCGCCACGGCCGCCUCGCUGGCCCGCUCGGCGCCCAUGCUCGAGGCGCUGCGGCCCUUCCUCUUCGCCGUCGUGGACGACGCGUCCGGCCUCCCGCUCUUCAUGGGCCGCCUCAGCGACCCGCAGCCCUGACGGCGCCACGAUGGCAGCGCCGCGACGCCGGCACCGUGACGCCGGCACCGCGACGGGGCCGCCCUGCUCCCCGUGCCCUCCUUCCCGCUCUCCCCUC